AUGCACAUAUUUUUCUUUAUCAGCUCUCAUUCCCUUCGCAGCCUACUGCCCGGUGACCAAGAUGGCCUUCUCCCCGGAAUUCUGCUUUCGGGUGACGCUGCCACAUGUGAAGCUUUUCCAGAUUGGGCUUUGCGACCUACUUCUACCACCUCUUUACCUUCUUCAGCUCCUGAUGGACAUAACGAACAUGAAAAGCUUGGUCUCGGUGGCCGAAAUGCAAUUGAAACUGACGAAACUGAGGUUUUUGGUUCUAAAUUGCUGCUGCACGAUGUCCAAACAAGUGCAAUACAGCAGUCCAAUAUCCCUAAUCUACCUACUACUAUUAAUUCAGAUAGCUUAAGCUCUAUUCCAGUCCAAAUGGCCAAACGGUGCUCCAGUAAUACUGCUGGAACAAUGUCAGAAUUUCGCAUCUGUUUCAACGACCAAGACUUAGAUGAGGAGCGUCAGUCUAGCCGCAUUGAUACA